GUAUUUUUAGGCACUGAGGGCAGCCCUGAAAUAUUUCCACGGCCACUCCCGGCCCGCGCUGGGUCAGUACUCGGUGCCUGGUUCCAGCUGAGGCGGGCCGGGUGAGUCACCGCUGGGCAGCCGCAGAGCCGGCCCGGGAGGGAGGGGCGGGCUCCAGGGCCCCCGAGGUCAGUGCGCGGUGGCCCCGGGCCAGUGGUCUGGCUGCCGUCCAUGCCGGGGUUGGGGCCGGGGGUCCUGCCGGUCGCGUGGACCCCCCACAGCUGGAAAAGACGCAAAGCGCCCUCGGUGAGGCUCUGGACACGCCGCCGGUGUGUGGAUGAGGCCCCAGUGUCCUCCUGCAAUGAGUGGGCGCCUGCUGUAUAGCAGGCCGGCCCUGAGAGGUUCCUGGCACCCUCCCAAAGGGGCUGCCGCUGUUCCCGCUGAGCAGUGGGGGAAACUGAGGCACACCCCGGCUUUCCUUCUCCGGCACCUCCAAGCAGGAGCGGAUGCCGCGUGGCCCCGGGGCGCAGUCAGUUCUGGGCCGGGCAGGGCUGAGUGAGGAGGUGCCGGUGUCAGGUGCAUGGGGCGGCAGGCGCGGGUCCUUUGCUGUUUGCUGUGUGACCUGGGGCUGCUGGCUCAGCCUCUCUGUGCUGGGGCCGUGAGCGGGUUUGGGAGCACACUCGGUGAUGAGGAGACCCCUGGGAGGCGCCAGGUUUAGGGAGCAGCUUAGGGGCGAGGGUCUCAGCCGUGGCCCUCGGUCUCCUGUGAGACUCAGGACGCCAACAGCCAAGGCAGACGCUGGUCCUCCCCCAGGGGGCGGCCACAGCAGCUCGCGGCCCCGGGGACAUCCCCUGUGCCCCCGACAGUUCCAGAACCCGCUGCGGCUCCCGUUUUACCCAGCGAUGCACCCCUCCCCCUCCCCGUCCCUUUGUUCCGGUGUGCGCUGGGCACCGGGCCUUUGCACAAGUCGCGCCUCCCCCGAGAGCCGCCUCCCCUCCCCUCCCCGGCGCGGCUCGGACGGCACCCUCCGUCCCCGGCCAUCGCUGCGCCUCGCCGCGAGCCCGCCCCUGGGUCCCCCUGUGGCGUUCACGCGUCCGCCUUGCUCACGGAGGGGCGGCAGGGGACGCGUCCUGGCACACACACUGAGGGCGGUGGGGAGGGAGGUGGCAGGGGGCGGAGCCGCGUGUGGGGCAGCCACGAUGCCGGGCGGGGGUCGGGCGACCGGUGCUUCCCCCCUGCUGCCGCUGGGGCCCCCUGCUCAAGGCCAGCCCGGCCUCGGCGUCCCUGGCCCCGGCCCCAGGAGAGGCGGAGUCAGCGGCGGCGGCGGGAGGGGGGGCGUCCUGCUCUGGCUGCGGCCUGGGGGCUGCGUCACAUCCCCGGGGGCGGGCGGGAAGCCCCUUCAGCCCGGGCGGGCGCCGUGGGCGCAGGCUUGCGGGCGGCUGGGAGCUGUUAGUCCCCGCGUGUCAGGGCCUCGCCCGCGCUUUUGGUUUCUCUUCUUGCGCAGGGGGAGGGGGCUUCUUGGAAGGCGGCUGAAGCCAGGGGCCGUCCCCGCACGGGGCUCAGGAAGGCUGCCGCGCCCGAGCCACCGCGGCGUAGGCGACCGGGGCGCGCGAGGGGGCCGCGUGGCUCGCGUCACUGGGCUGGGAGCCGAGAUGACGCAGGCGCGGGCCCUGGGAACCCCUCCAAGACGUCCCCGGCCCCCGACUGUGGGCGUCCUGGGAAGGGGAAGGGAGGAAGGGGCCCCACCCCCAGCCCAGCGAGGCCUCCCUGAGCCCCGCCCCCUCCUCCGAGACCCUCUGCCCCUGCCUUCGCGGACUCGCGCCCUAGAGGCAGGGGCGCGCGUGCUUGGCCCAGGGGGCGGGGUGGGCCGGUCCAGGCUGCAAGGCGGGGGCCACGGCCGCCUCGCGCACCCAUGUGCAGGGAGAGGCUUCCUGGGCCCCCACUCCCACCCAGACCCCCAGCGCCAUCUCCACCCUUCGCUUUUGUCACCAGCGGAGUUCAGGCAGCUGUAGGGACCAGGGGGGGCCGGAUCAGCGUCUCCCCACUCCUGGGGUAGCAGGCUACAAAACCACAAAGUGGGGGGCAGGGAGGGAGAGAGGCCUUCCAUCCGCUGGGCCACUCCCCAGGCGGCUGCACCGCCCAGGAGCCAGGCGCUCCAUCAGGGGCUCGCGCGAGGGUGGCAGGUGCGUUAGCUGGGAGCAGCCGGGACUGGAACCAGCGGUCCUGGGGGGUCGAGGCGGAGCUUCACCCGCUGAGCCACGGCGCCGGCCCCUAAGACGCCGCCACCACGGAGCUGUGGGCCGCAGAGCCGGGAGCCCCAAGCCGUGGGGGCUGCACUUACGUCCCUCCAAUGCAGUCGCCCCUCCAGACGGGCCUCAGCCGUGACCGGAGAACGCCCAAGCGGGGACCCAGGCCUCCACUGCGUCCCCUCCCCCACGGCCGUGACCGGAACCCCUGCCCCCCUGAGGUUGGGGGGCGAUCACCAAGGUGACACCUGGUGGGAAAACAGAGGAGAGGGGGCAGAGGGCGGGACAGUGGCUCCAGCCAGGAUGCCCCCUCCCCUACUCUCUAUCAAGACGGGAGGGGCCGCAGGACAAACCGGGCCAGGAGCUCGGGAGACCCCCCCCAGCCCCCGUGGAGCCCCCAGGCCGGGCCGGGGCCCCCAGAUGUGGUCUCCUGGGGCCCAAGGGCUGCAGGGCGGACGCGAGCCGAGGGGCCUUGAGGCUGGACUGGGCUUUAUUUUCAGAACACAGAGAAAUGGAAGCAAAGGCGCAUGGGCCGGCCCCGUCCGCUCCGUCUGGAAGGCGACACUAUGGCCCCCGCGGGCCCGUCGCCGUGCGGGAGGGGCCGGCCCUGGGCCAUGCCAGCAGGUGCAGGCCAGGCACGCGCUAUCCACGGAGCAGGGCCAGCCUCGGGGCGGGGGCUUCACAAAACCAACACCACCACACAGGUGUCCACACUGGGGGGGGGCGAGGCGGCCCGGCCGGAAGGAGAGGGUCCCGCGGCGGGGCGGGGCUUCGGUCUCGGGGGGCGCGGCUCACUGCUUGCCCGCCUGCCGGCCCGGCUUCUUCUCUGGCUGGCCUCGGCCGGUGCCUGGGAUCCCGCCUCGGCCCCGGCCGCCAAACACACCUGCGGGGACGGACAGAGGCGGCUUGGCCUCAGCUUCCCCAGCUGUGCGGCAGGGGCCGGGACAAGGGCCCAGGGAGGACAGGGGCUCCGCCACUGGCCAGGACCAGGGCUUGAGGGCCUAGGGGCGCACCGCUCCCCCCCCCCCGCCCGCACCUCCCCCGGCCCCGCCCAGCCCGGCCCGCACCUCGCCCGGCGCCGCCCAGGCCGCGGCCCUUCUGCUGUUUCUGCUGCUGCAGGCCCCCGCGCCCGCGGCCCUUGGCCACCACCUCCUCCUUGACCAUGUCGAUGAUCUCGUCCGGGAUGCGCAGGUACUUGAUGGUGCUGCCGCGGAUGUAGCACUCGGGCAUCCGCCAGAACUUGUCCCCGUCCUGGGCCGGAGGCAGCGCGUCAACGCCCGGCCCGGCGGAGGGUCCCUGAGCUGGGGCCAGGGCCGAGGCUGGGGGGCGCCCCCCCCCCGGCGCCCCCCCCCCCCCCCCGCAGGGCCUGUCUGGCCCCUGGGCAGCCAGGAAGCCCCGCCCCCAGUGAGGCUGCUUGGGUCUCUCCCACCCCCCACUCCCCCUGCCCACAGCCCCCCUUCUAGAGCUGUCUCUGGGCCUGAGCAGGGCACCGACGGAGCCACGGCCCAGCGGGGCAGUGACCGGUGCCGUGGGCCGAGGGGGGCACCCCCAGCACGCCCCGCCCCCACCCCACAGCCCUGUGUGCCCCUGUCCCACAGAUGCAAUCCUGGCACUUCCCGGCCACACCCCCGCCCGGGCCCCUGCACAGGGACAAGGUCCACACAGCUCGGGACCGGCCCCGCCCUGGCCACCAGCCCCGCACGGUGCCUGCAGGCGCUGUUCCCGGCCAGAACCCCCCCUCCGGUCAGCUGCUCCCCGGGCGGCUGGGUGGGCGUCGCCGGCCGAGGCCGCCGAGGGCGGGCUCCCAGUGGGGACCCCAAGGCCAGCCAGACACAAGUAGGGCGGUCCCAUGGGGCCCAGCUCCAGCGCCACGCUGGCUCCACAGUGGCCAAGGACAGGCCGGGACGUCACUCCUCCCCGCGGGCGCCGGGGAUCUGGAAGCAGGGCCCGGGGGCUGAGCCAACCCUGGGGAGGCGCCGGGUCCCUCCCACCCCACCCCACCCCACCCCGGGGUCUGACCCAGCACCUCCCACCGGGAGGCGGGGCAGCCCAGGCCUGGCGGCCACCCCGGGGUCUGCAGGGGCUCGCAGCCCGGGGGGAGGCCCUCAGUGGGUCCUGGGGAGCCGCCCCGCCCCUCCCACAUCACCCGGUAGGUCCCGGCGGUGGGGGCGCUGCCCUCCUCCUGCUGGCCGGGUGACGCCCACGGGGCGGGGCCGCAGGGGGGCGGGGCGGCGCGGGCCUCACCCUGGACGUGCAGAUCACCUCCCGCAGGUUGAUGUUCAUCCAGUUGUCGCAGCUGACCAGGUGCCCGUUGUACGUCUCCCCGUUCUUCAGCUCCACCAGCUGCCGGGAGUCGGGGCCGCAGGUGUAGACGCCCGGGGGGCCCGGCUUGGCCCUGCGACCCCGCGAGGCCCGUCGACCACCUCCCGCGCGUGAGCACCCCAGCCCAAGUCCCUGCGCCCCCUGCCGCCCACCCCCCACCCACGCAGGGGACCGGAGGGAGCUCCCGGCUGCUGCAGGCGCAGGGCUGCGCGCGGGCGGGCGGGAGAGCCCCCGCACACUCACCAUGGGGUGGUUCUGCGCCGUCUUCAGCAGCGACAGGGGAAGCUGAAAGGCAAGUGAGCCAGGGACUGUGCGGCCCGGGGCGGCAUCCCCGAAACCCCAAACUCCCCCCCCCCGUCGUCCUGCCAGAAAAGCCCCGCCCCCGGCGGCCACGCCCACGCCCACGCCCCAGCGCGGCCACCCUGACCUCUCUCCAUGCCGUGGGCAGCACCUGCAGGCCCGUUGCCUCGCCCCAGGCGGCCCACGUGCAGAAGGAGCCCGCUGUGCAGCGAGAACAUUCCAGAACACACGCAGGCCCGGGCCGAGCGGGGACGGCUCCACGCAGGGCCCAUAGGCCGCGCCAAGACGACUUCAGGUCUACGCAAGGCCCGCUCUGCUCAUUUUUACCAAUAACCGCGCGGAUUUACAGGGGUGCGCGCUGGGCGUCCUGGUCAGGGCGGCUGCGUCCCAGGCUGGGGGCCCCCGGGUAGGGCCCGCUCAGCUCCCCGCGCAUGCGCGCCCUGGCUGGGAGCCCCGGGAUGGCGCUCCGGGCUCUGGGGAGUGACUGCGCACGUGGGACCUCUCUCCCUCCCAUAAAGUAAAUAAAUCACGCGCCUGGCUGCAUGAGCCCAGCUGAGGUGCAGAUAUGACCGCAUUCAGAAAGUUCACGGAGGAGCCUGGGGCCUGCAGGGCGCCCGUAUCUCUGCCUUUCAAAUAACUAAAGGCCGGGCUGAAGCCAGGGCCUACAUCCGGGUCUCCCGCGUGGGCGGUGGGGGCGGGGGCCCAGCGCGGGGCCCUCCCCUCCCCGCUGCCUCCCAGGCCCUCCGCAGGGAGCCGGUGCUCCCGGGAUGCUGCACCUGCGGGGGCUCCUGGGCCACCCCCUGCCAUGGUCUGGGGCCCUGGCCUGUGUGCGGAAGCGCGGGGACCGCGUCCGUCCCAGGGCAGCCCCCCGCCUCAGGGGAGCCGGCGGGCGGACAGCUGGGGGCGCUGUGGAGCUGAGCCCCGGCUCUGACGCAGCUCCUGCGCGGGGCACAGCUGAAGAUGACCCAGUGCUCCGGUCACCGGGCCAGGGUGGGGUGGGCGUGACCUGUCCAGGAGGGACCCCCUCCGGGUCUGCCAGGGGCCGCGCGGGCGUCAGAGGACCUGAGUCUCUGCUCCAACCGGCAGGAACCCCCGCCCCACGCAAGGCGGCUCCGCCAGUGGGCGAUGGCCUGCGCCCCCCAGCCUCCUGCGUGAGCUAGGAGGAGACCCCCCCCCCGCCGCGGGCCCUCCCCAGCAGCGCCCCUGGGGGAGGGGAGGCCGGGGGCAGCAGGAAGCCAGGCCCAAGCCCACUUCCUGCCCCGGCUUCCUGGAGGCCGGGCUCAGGAGGAAGAAGGGGCCACGUGGAGAGGGGGCGGCGGUGGGGGCGGGGCGGCCCCUGCUUGUCAUCUGGAUGCCGUGUGUGCCUGCCUGGCGUCGCUGGGGCGCAGGGACAGGGCCUCACGCUGGCUGGGGGUGGGGCUUCUCUCCCCGCCAGAGGCACCUGGGCGCUCGCCCCGGCCCGUGACCCCGGCAGGUGGCAGCCACAGCCCCGGGGCCGCCUCCCUCCGCCCCCUGUCACCUCCCUGGGCCAGGCCCAGCUAAUGGGCACCCUGGGGCGCGCGGCUGUUUAUUUCAUUAUAGGCUGCAGCCGGCGUCUAAUUAUCGCGUGUGUUUAUUACCUGUCUCCCCGGCUAGACUGGAAAACCCGCAGUGGGCGUGGAGGCUGCCCCCGCGGGAGGGCGCGCGGGCGCGGGGGCCAGGGUAAAUAUUUGCAGGAGGUUAAGGCAGCACCACCCCGGGCCCGGCGGCCGCAGAGAGGGAGGAGCGGGAGCCACAGGUCCAAGGGGAGGAACUCGGAGCGCGCGGAGGGGCAGGCGCAGCCCAGGGCGCUUCGCUUCCCCGCAGACAGGCCAGGGACACCCGCGCCCAUCCCGAGUCCCGGCUGCUCCACUUCCCGCCCAGCUCGCCGCUAACGCGCCUGGGAAAACAGUGGAGGAUGGCCCAAGCGCUUGGGCCCCUGCACCUGCGUGGGAGACCCGGACGGAGCUCCUUGGGGCCCUGCACCUGCGCGGGAGACCCGGAUGGAGCUCCUUGGGGCCCUGCACCUGCGUGGGAGACGCGGACGGAGCUCCUUGGGGCCGUGCACCUGCGUGGGAGACCCGGACGGAGCGCCUGGGGGGGCCGGCACCUGCGUGGGAGACCCGGGUGCAGCUCCUGGCCUGGCUCUGCCCCAGCCCCGAGCCGUCUGGGGCUUUUCUGCACCUGCCUUUCCCUCUCUUUCCAGUGCGUAAAAACCAAAGACAAAGACGACACCCAAGGGCUCCUAACUCGGGGCGACCCUCCGUGGGCGCCCCCACCCCAGGCCCCGCCCUGACCACAGGACUCCUGCACCCCUGGGCCAGGAAACUCGGCAGCAGGCGGAAGCUGGGGACUCCCAGGGGCAGUGCCCGCCAGCCGUGGUGGCCAGCCCCGCCGUCAGGCGUGCAGCGGGCGCCGGCCACCGGGCCCCGGCUCUGAGAAACGCACGGCCCCGCUUUGGGGACCCUGCCCUGGGCCGGAAGCCCCCAGCGGCACCCACGAGCCACAGUGCCCGACGGCGGGGUCCCCGCCCCCUCCGGCCUCAGUUUCCCCGUCUGGAAAGUGGACAGCGCGCAGCUGGCCUGCUGAGCCUUGAUUAACGGCGGCCCAGCCGUGAACCUCGGAGAACAACGUACUGGUGCCCUGGGCGAGGCACCUGCCGUCUCGGGUCAGUUUCCCCGGCUCGGGGCUGGGGGCGGGACUGGACGCUGCGCCCGCACGUCCGGAGCGCACCGCCCCGACCCCCACGGCCCAACCCGAGGGCCGCCGACGGCCGCGUGCCCACCCCCAGCCGCACCCCGCCUCCCGGACAGACCCCGACGGCGCCCGGCCCUCACCAUGGUGUCGGCGGGGACCGGGCUCCCCGGCCACUUCCGCCGCCGCCGCCGCCGAUCACGCUGCCGCCGGUCGCCGCCCCGCCGCGCGCCACAAGCCUGAAAAGGAGUGGCAGGAGCGGGAGCCAGUCACCGCGGGGCGACGGGGACGCAUAACCAAUCCCCGGACAGAAGGGCGGGUCUUCGGAGCACGAGGGGGUGGGACUAACUUCCCGCCAGAAGAAUCCGCGACGGAGCCGUAAAGUGCCGUGGCGAGUGAUGCAAAAGGGGGCGGAGCAGCGCGCGCCGGCUGCAUUGUGGGUAGCUGCGCAUGCGCAGAGAGGAGCCGGUCCUGUCGCCCGGGCUCCGCGGUGUGGGCCGGGCCGUGAUGGCGCCGGGUUUGCGUCUCGGUCUCGUUCUUGUGCUUGGUUGGAAGUGGGGCGGCCGGGACUCGAACCGGCGGCCCUUAGCGAUGCUGGCGCAGCGCAGUCCCCGGGACGGCUCUAACAGGUGACGUCAAUGUGACGUCAGGUGUUUGCGGAAUCGAGAGAUCGGUUCCCCAGGUGAGCGUGUGGCCCGGAUGUGAGGACGCCCGCGGACCAGAUCCCAGUUUACUGGGUUCGAGUCCCGGCCCCGGCCACAUCCCAGGGCCCGGGUUCGAGCCCCGGCCCCUGCCACGUCCCAGGGCCCGGGUUCGAGCCCCGGCCCCGGCCAUAUCCGAGCGCCCUGGGUUCAAGUCCCGGUUCCAUCCACAUCUCAGCACCCGGGUUCAAGCCCCGGCCCUGCUGGACUGCGCACGCGGACGCUGGCCAGCAGCAGCCGUGGCUCACUGCUUGGGCCCCCGGCGACCCGGAAGGAGUUCCCAGCUCCUGGCUUUGACCUCACCUAGUGGAAGAUUCUCCCCCGUCCCUGUGUCUUGCAAAUAAACAAAAAUAAAGUUUUUAAAGAAUAAAAGGUGUGAAGAGAAAGCACACAGGA